GUUAUUAACAUAAUAAAAUGUUCAGAUUGAAAAAUAGAUUAGACUGGACUUGUUUUGGGUCUGUUUUUACUGCUUCUGUCAAUGUGGUGUGGCACUUUAUGUUAGUAGAAUUUCGUUGUAAAAAUGUUGUGGUGAUCUCUGAUUUAGUGUAUAUUCAACAGUUAAAGUAGUUAAAAGUAAUUAUAUUACUUUAGUGGUAUUUUAAAAUAAUUAUAGGUAUUUGUAAAGUUGUGUAAUGAAAUGAGUUUAAUGUGUGGAAAUAUACUGUAAAGAGGUGGAUCUUUAUUAUCUAAUUCGUUCUGAGAGAAGUAAGGAGGAACUAUAAUUCCUUCAUUCACAGGAAACAGGAUUGUUGUUACUGUUAUGAAUGUAAUUAUAGCUGACAUUUAGAAAAAAAGCAACUUGAAUUUUUGGUGGGUGCGUGGUUAGGUUUGUCUAGUUCUUCCUGAGAUAGAUGAAAUAGUGUUAAUGUAAUUCCUUGUGUGACUGGUUUGUUUAUUUGUUUGUAACACUGGUUAAUGGUUCGCUAUAUGCCUAGCACUAAACUUCUUGGUCACUCGAUGAUUGUCUUAAUAUCUUGCUAUGUUAGAUAAAAUCAUUUUCUUUUCAGUUUACCGUACGUGCGCCGAGUACUAUGAGAAUGAGAUGGUGUUUGCUGAUGGGGAAUACUUCAUAGACCCCGAUAGCUCGCACGCACUCCCUCCAUUCAAGGCUCACUGUAUUUUCUCAAAAACACAUGGAGGAAUCACUGUAAUAAACCAUGAUGCUGAGAAGUGUUUGCAUGUUGAGGGCUACGAAAACCCAGGGGAUGGCCCGGAUUCUUAUACUAGACCAAUCAGUUAUGAAGGUGUCUCCUCGCAACAAAUAAGGCAGCUAAUUGCUAUGUCAAACAGCUGUGAGCAGUACCUGAGAUAUGAGUGCAAGGGAAGUCUUAUUCAUAGCAGCAUGUAUGCAGAUGUCGUCUAUGCAAGGUGGGAGUCAGGAGAUGGUGUUGUAGAGAAGUACUGGCCUGGAGCAGAACCAAAAGGACCCGAAGAUGAGGAGAGAUGUGCUUGUGGGGCAGCAGGUCGUCCAAACACUUGUGUCAAUCCAGAUAAGUUCUGCAACUGCGAUGCCAACCUGAACUCAUGGCAGCAGGACUUCGGACUUGUUAACAAUAAGGAUCACCUUCCGAUUACUCGUGUUAAGUUUGGUGACACUCUUGGUGAUGAGGAGGAAGGAUAUCAUUUUGUUGGCCCUUUGGUGUGUUAUGAUGGAAGGGAACCACUGAAUCUCUAUGAGCCAGAGUUGUGCAUAGGUACGCCAGCUGAUACCAGGAGUGGAGAUGUUAUCCCGGAAUACAAGACCAGAGAAGGUGACGAGCUUUGUCUGCCAAAGGUGUUAUCGCUCUGACUUUAUACAACUUGAGAGUUGUUUGUAAAUGUUGCAUAUUACAGUAUUACUUGGCAUUGCUAGACAGCUGUUGCUGUAUUUUGCCCAUCUAGUUGGCAAAUAAUGUGGCAAUGUUCUAUUUUAUACCAGUUCUUUUACAUAUAAAAUAAAAACUCGUAAGUCAGUUUCAUUAUUACUUUUAACAAUUUUCUGUGUGCAUACCUGGACAUAGUAUCUCAGGAUCUCGAUAUUGGAGAAGUCAUGCAUUUA